GUGAAGUAGCCAGGACAUGAACUGGCUCCCAUAUGGGAUGCCAGCACUUGCAGGGUGAGGAUUAGCCUGUUGAGCUCUCAUGCUGGCCCCUGAGUAGGGCGGUUUAAUUAUAUUAAGGACAGGCUAUCACUACUAGAAACAUAGUUUUUGCUCCUGAAUCCAAGAAAUUAGCUCAGUUAAUUCUGGAAAUCUCUUAUUUGAAGUCACUGAAAAAUUAAAACACACACACACACACACACACACACACACACAAAGGUGGUUGUGGGAGAAGGAAGGUCUUUGGUGAUGGCCUGUUAGGAGGAGGAAUAGCAGAGGCUGUAGCAGCAUGCCCCUCAGGGACACUGUGGAUCUGGCACCUGCCUCCUGCAUUCUCUGUUGGCUUGAGAUGGGAGCCUUUAUUCAGGGAGGCGGGGUUUAGCCUCCUGGUGCCUGUUUCUAAGGUAAAUGAGUGAGAUUGAAAUCCUGGGACAGUUGCUGUAAACUUUUUUCACCAUGAUCAAUUAAUGUUACCCAGCUGUAUUGGGAACAUGCAGAUUUAAUCUCAUUUGAUGCUGUUGUUGAAAGUCUAUUUUUUAACUAGUUUAUUUUUUAACUAGGUACGUGAGAAGAUUUUUCGGCAGUUUAUUGUGAAAACCACUGAUCACCUUGCCUUCAUUUCUGCUUGUUCCGUGUUGGCCAGGGAGCGUGCCCAAAUGAGCACGAUAUCGCCGCAAAACAGUACUCCUGGAGUGAACGGAAUAAGUGUUAUCCACACGCAGGCGCAUGCCAGCGGCGUGCAGCAGGUUCCUCAGCUGGUGCCUGCUGGCCCUGGGGGAGGAGGCAAAGCUGUGCCUCCCAGCAAGCAAAGCAAGAAGAGUUCACCCAUGGAUCGGAAUAGUGACGAGUACCGGCAGCGCCGAGAGAGGAAUAACAUGGCUGUGAAGAAGAGCCGAUUGAAAAGCAAGCAGAAGGCACAAGACACACUGCAAAGAGUGAAUCAGCUCAAAGAAGAGAAUGAACGGUUGGAGGCGAAAAUUAAAUUGCUGACUAAGGAGUUGAGUGUACUCAAAGAUUUAUUUCUUGAGCACGCACACAACCUUGCAGACAACGUGCAGCCCAUUAGCACUGAAAGUACAACGACGACAAAUUCUGAGAAUUCAGGACCGUAGACCCUUCCUUUCCCAGACUGUACGACUGUGGCUUGAAUGUCACAGGUGUGACCACCUGUACCACCUGUGGCAAUGGCUGGACAUUGUCUUGUUCCAUUGUCAAAGAUCCAUUGGAGCUUAUUUAAUCGGCACUGAAGAGUUGAUUAGCACAAAAUAGUAGCCAUGUGAUUAAAGAAUCUGGUUUUAAAUGAUGCAGAUCUUUGUGGGGAUUAAAAAGCCAAACAUUUUAAAAGUAUCUGGUUAAAAAAAAAUAUAUAUAUAUACAUAUAUAUCCUGGAUGGACCUUGAUGUUGUUAACUCCUGACUUCCUAGGAAAUGCUUCUUUUUUAAGUUGAUCAAAGGAAUGGGAAACUGGCCAAGUCACAUAGAAGGUUCUCCGUUUUAGCGAGCGGAUAUGGUGAAUUGGAUGAAGAAAAAUUGAACACCAUCCGUAUGUUAGUCUAUUUGUGAUUUUAUUUUGAAUUAUGUGUUAGAAAUCCCUAAUUACAGGAACCAAUCACUUUGUAAUUUGGAGUAACAUAAAUCUUAUUUUAGUAUAAUUAGCAUUAUUUUCCCUAGUAAGGACAAGUUUUUGAAUAGUGAUGACGUGUUAAGUAAAGAAACCCCCAUCUUACCUUAAAGGCCAUAGGCAACUAACUGAUCUUCAAAUACAGGUAGCAUUUAGGAAGCAAAUCGAUUUUAGCCAAAAGUAAAGCAUGUUAGAAUUAUGCUUUGGGAAUAGUUUUGGCUUAUUUGCAUUAUUUUAUGUCCUUUAAAAAGAAACUAGGUGGCUUAAAGAUAUUUGUGUAUCAAAUUUCAGUUUCUGCAGAUGCUAGUAGAAGUUAGCAUUUUGGGGUGGGGGAGGGAGGAUUUUGACAGCCAAGUUAGUAAGCAAGAUGUCGUCAACAGACGCCACAAGCUGCCGACAAGUUGGGAUACUAAUUCUGCAGGUCGUUUGCCCCUUUGUGCAAAGCAGCUGUCACAGCCAUGACUUCUAAAGGCAGAAAUUCCUCGUGAAGGAUUGUUUUGGUAUCUCAUCCAAGUGAUGAUGAGAAAAAAAUACAUCAACUCCAUGCCAUUUCCCAAAAUUGUAGUCCAAGGAAACUUGAAAAUGUGUAAGGUUCUAACCUUUAAUUUAUUUCACAUAUAUACAACUUUUUAUAUUGUUUUUGUGACAUUUCUUUUUCUCAUUAGUGGGCUGUUUUUUCAGACUUGGUGUAUCACUGCUUCAGUCUAUUCAUUUGCAUACUUUUAUGUCUCGUAAGUUAUUUUAGGAAGGAAAUGCCCGUAGAACUCAGGUUUACUAACAUUUUUGUUGACUAAGAAAUGGCAAUCACUGAAGUAGGAAAUCUGAGUCUGGUGUGGGUCAAUGGUCAAUGUCGCCAGUCUAGGUGGUCUUUGUUAAUGUUCUUUUUAUUAUUAUUACUGGGUGGUUUUUUUUUUUUUUUUUUUUUUUGGUAGCAUAAUUCUGGCUUGGAAUUGCUGACAUUUUUGUAGUUCUUUGUGCCUGGGCUGGUGAUGAGGGAUAUGUCUUUCUUAAGUUUGUGCUGUCUGGUGUCUCAUUUGAACAUGACAGUUUUUGGCCACCUUGUUCCUUCCUGGUAGGAUUUGGAAUAAUGUGACCACAUUGUAGACCACGUCUACGCCUCUGGAUUGGUGAAGGGUGCUGACCGUCACCGUGUCCAGCAGCUCAGCCACGCUUGCAGCUGUUCUAUGCACAGGCAGGGGUCCCGCUGUCCCUCUGUGAAAUGCUGACCAGGAUGGGAGUUCCUGCCUUCCAGAGCCGGAAAACAGGGUGUGGGGUUCUGUUAGGACCCAGCCCUGGUUUACCUUGGAAUUUCAGUCUACCUAGAGGCUGUUGUUUCGAAAAGCUAAGAUUUAGGGAAUCUUGUGAAUCUUAAGCUGACUUAUGUUUUAUAAUUAAUUGGAGAUGCAGUUGGGGCACUUGAAUCUUUAAACACCUGUAACAGGCAUUUUAAUCCCGUUUACUAAAAAAAAAGAAAAAGAAGUAUCUCUUGGAAAUUGACAUCUCCCCCAUGGAAUUUGGUUACCAGUUACAUGGAUUAGCUGUUCUGAGCAAAGAAGCUUUAAGGGUAGUGGAGUGUGUACUCUGCAUUUCCAAUCAGAACAGAAGUUGGCCACUUCUGGAAAAUCCUGUUACCUGUGCAAAUCUGAACUGUAACAGGAGCGGAUAGAUAGGACAGAAACCCGACCCAGUCCCCUCACUAUCUUAUCACACUGUUUUCCUUUGAUGGUUUAGGUGGAGGGCAAGCAACUGUAGGAAUGGGGUUUAGAACUUGAGAUUGCACAGUGACUUUCGUAACUUCCUUGUGUUCCCUCUGAACUGAUAAAGAUCGGAUCCGCCUUCGUGGACACAUCUUGUGAUUUAGAAAGCAGGCUUUAGUGUGAACUGCUGGCUGCCUGCGCAUCUCCUGGGGUGGGUGCUUGUCCUCUGGUUCUGGCUGCAGAGGGCGAGGUCUGAGCCGCCCAGCCCCGCUGCUGUCUGGCUGCUUUCAUGGACUGGGACGCCAGCUCAGACGUGGACAUUCUUACUGAGCAGUACUGAGGUUUUCAUAAAAUAGGACCAGAUUUUUGAAAUGCAGGUCUUGAGUGUGAAAAUUCUGAAGCUUACAUUUAAACA